UUUAUCAAUGCACUUGAAACGUCACACGAGAGGAAACAUCGCACGGCACUCUGUUUCGGUAGAAGAAAGAAGCGGUACAUAGAAUAUAUAUGUUAACUGACACACAACCACAGCAGGACGUUCGAUAGUGAUUUUUACGUUUUAUUUUGUUCUUUUUUUGCAAUAGAAAACGAAAUCGCGAGGAAACUGUUAAGAGGAUAUAAACGUUGCAAGUACAGAAGAAAAUUUAUUAUAUAUAUAUAAAUACUAUACUAUGUUGUAUUGUUCAUCUUGUUCGAGGGUGAGUCACGUUUAAAUAUAAAAAGAGGUUAUAUAUACGUAUAACGAGUAACAAUGAAAAAAAAUGGAAGAAAAAGCUGCACGUUCGCACAAUGAUCCGGUCGCUCGUCGGCUGUACAUUUUGUUUUAAUGUACGUACGGUAUACCUAUAUAUUGGUGUCUGGUGGCGAUAAGAGCGAUAACAAUUUGAUAAUUAUUAUUUUUAUUUUGUUUUUACCUAAUUGUAGUUUCUUUGUAACUCUUUGUGAUAUACAUUGCAAUAGUCUAUCCGACCGUUUAUUUCUUGUAUCGAUUAGCGCAACCUUCAUUAAAGCAAGACAAAGAAACAUAUGUAGAUGUAAAAGGUUCUAUUUCACGAUAGUCGCCCUUCUCUUUAACGAAUUGACGGUGCUAACCGAAGUCAGCACUGGCCAAGUUAGAUGUAUUAUUUAAACCUGAAUGCAAAUAAAAUUCCAAUACAUAGAAUAUAAGCAUUUAAUCGGGAUAGUACAAUAAGACUAGGCUAUUACUUCUCUGGGAAGGCAGAGACACUUUUUAUUUCCGAUUCCGCGAGAAUAUAUUGCACUCGAGAUGGAAAUUGCUUUUCUAUCCAUGUACCAUUGCCAAUCUUACAGCUGUCUUCUGGAGAAGAGAAGAAUGUUCUUUCCUGUGGAUAAUUUAAAUUCAUACACAAAAUAAUAAAAUAAUGAUUUUAUGGUACAUUUAAAAUGUGAUACUUUAAAUGGUAAUUGAAACGCGCAAUUUCUCGGCUGGAGAAAUUACUCGAGCAGAUCGACAGUCAUUCCCGAAAGUAUUUGAAUAAAGCGAGGGAUUGAAGGAAAAUUUAUUUCUAAAACAAAUCCAGCAAAUUGGUUAUAAUACAAAUUACAAAAGAACAUGUAUUAUUAAAAAUUCAGUUUUUUGUAUUUUUGUACAUUGUUCAAAUACUUUCCUCAGCAAUUGCAUCUGCUUAACACCGUUAUGGGAUUUUCUGCCUGGAAAAGGUUAACAUUCCAAUCUUAUCCUUAUCAAAAUUCGCGCAUCGUUUCCAAACACAUCUACAUGAUGUAUUUUUUCUUAAUAUUCUUUCCAUGCGAUUCCUAUAUAAAAUAAGAUAAACUAUAUUUGAACUGCACUAUUUAAAGGAAAGACGAAGGCGGGACAUUACUAUCACCAACAUAUUUUGCAGAAACAGAAACAUUUAAGACCACAUCAACUCCCCUAGGAAUUAAAUAAAAAUUUCUGUCCUUACUUUUUCAAUAUGAUUGAAAAUUACAGCAACUGCUUCGAACAUUAUGCCAAAUCCAAGUUAUCCUUCCAUGAAUAACAUUUUUAACUCCCUCUCUUCCUCGUUCAUUGUUCUCAAGUGACAGCAAUAACAUUAAAAGAAAGCCUCGGCAUUGCCAGUUCCGUAUCCCCAAAUCUCUAACUCGCAAAACUAACGAUCCUGCGCCUGUUUUCUUUCCAUGUCUAACCAGACCAGCUGCCGAGUUUGCCUACCGACAUCACGUUCGAGAUCUGCACGUCGUCGUCCUCGUCGUCGCCGCCGCCGCCCGCGACGACGACGACGUCGGCCCGCACCAGCGAGGACAAUUUCGGUGAGGACAACGGGAGCAACACGUUCAUCAAAUCCGAGAGGGUAGUCAGCGGCAUGCACUUCCUGACCGACCGGGAGGAGGACCGGCCGGAUCUGUUGCUGCCCAAAUCGGAGACCGGGGAAGCAGAGCCGGAGGUCAGGAAACAGCUGCUGGAAUACCUCAUUCAAAACGACGGUUCCGUAGUCUGCAAGUGGUGCGGCGAGGUCCUACCGUCUCGAACCCGUUGGUACAGGCACAAGUACAAACUCCACGUCUCCACCCAGGUCACCCAGCCGGCGCCGCUCUUCAAGUGCCACAGCUGUAAUGCAUACUUCAAGUCCCGUAAGGGUUACAUCGGUCACCUGAGCUCCCGGCAUUCCGACAACGAGAACGACGAGAACAGGGAAGAGCAGACGAACAAGAAGACCCGGAAGACCUCCGACAUCGGGAAAGGGCCGGACUGGGAGCAGCAAAGGGAAAAAGAAGAGAAGCUGGUGGCGGACAUUAUCGAUCGUGUGAAGAGGGAGUGCGAAGCUCAGGGUGAGACGGUGACGAGACGGGGCUACUCCAGGCGGUCUACCGUGAUGAACAGCUAAGGGCGAGCCCUUGUUAAAGGAACAAAGGGGAAUCUGACGCCAUAUCAUCGUCGUACGAUGCUCUCCUCGUGACUCGGCUCGAAGAACGUCAGGUGCGCGCGGAUCGAUCCCUGCCGACGUUCGAUCGACACCCCCCUUGCGUCUUUUGACCGAUUACGGGCAGUUCUGCGAUAAACUAAUUAAGGGAACCUCAAGUUUUAGAGAGGCUAAGAUCAAACUAGGGUUAAACUUAACACUUGAAAUUGGCGUUUCUGUGCUCAAUCGUUCGUCACGGGACAUUUGUAAAUCGGCCUCUGCCGCAGCGAUCAAAUCCUCCGAUCCUCACUCCAAAAACCGUCGAACAAUCUCUCCCAGAAGAAUUCCAUGUCUUCAGAACGAUAGUGACCGUUUUACAAAGUUGUCUCUUGUUCGGUCAUCCGCUGUAAACGAAGUCGGCAGGGUGAUCUUCGAUCGCCGAUAAACGAGGGUCUGCAAAACUAUCUAGUCAUAACGCACGCGCGGCUACGUAUAUUUUUUUCGCAUCCUAAUUGGCCGCGCGGUGGCACACGAUAUGUAAGUACGUAUUUGUCAGUACGAUUGUACGCGCUACCACGACGAAUUAAGAAUUGGGCCUGGGGGGUUUGCGUCCAGAGCUGCGAGCUUCGGAGGUGCGGUGUGGGAAACGCGCGGCCGUUCUCCCCCGUCGGAAAGAAUCUCAAUCGUUGGUUGAUAUCGUUCCUUUGAUCUCGAUAGGUUCCGCGGAUCUCGAUCGCAGUGAAACGCGAACGGCGACUGCGGAUGUUGUACUGUAGAAUGAAGAGUGGUAUUUUUGUCGCCUACUCGUGGUGGCGGGAUGGUUGUUGUUUCGCUACCUCCUGGAUUGGUGACGUCUCUUUUCAAACAAUGAGACAUUGAAAGAAAACUUCUUUUUCCAUUUGUUUUGUUUAAUUAUUUACUAGACCAGCUCAGGCCAGAAAAACUGAUUUUGUUAGUAAGAAGAUGCUGCGUCGUCUUACAUGCGACAAAAAUGGCAGCCAUGUUUACGCUAUGUGAAUUAGAAGAAUCGCUGACGGGUGUAGUUACAAUGAAAAAAGAAUUUACGAUCGCUUUUCGAUCAGAUAAUUCUCUUCUCCCGUAUUUAAUUUUGUUACGAUCAUUAUAUACUAUUCCUCUUUGAACAAAUCAGACAUACACACAGCAUCGAAAAUAUGAAAUAUUGGCACUACCAAUCUCGGAAGGACCGAAACAAAACUCAUCGACGCGAAUGGAGUUGCGAUUCAAGCCUGAAAAGCUCUCUCGGUGGGAGAAACAGAGAAUCCAGUGCCAAAUAUGUAUCUUCCCAAGCGUAGGACAUCUCGUUGCGUACAAAACACAUGGAACGUUAACUAUGAUACGCAAUGAGAGCGAUCGUUUGCUCAAAAGUGCAACCGUACUACUUUCUUCGGUUAUGUUCGUUCAAUCUUUCGUUAUAUUCGACGAGUGCAGGUGUUACGUGUUACACCGUGAUUCGCAUACUUGGACACCGAUCAGAUCGCGGAGGCGUCAUUCAGCAGCUCGCGCGAGUGAACGUCGCGGCACACGUGAAUUUCAUAGAAAUUAUAUCGGUAUACGGGUAUUGAUGCAUUUAAAUCGCGUGGGUGACGUUCAUGGAUCUGGUAGAACGAUUUUAAGUGAACCUGAAUGGACUCUCUGAGCAGUAAAACUGAAAAUAUGAACCAUAUUUUGUUUCGUGUAGGCUUUACAACAGACAUUUGAAUAUUUAUUCAACGCUUUAUCCAUGUUUGAGUAACGCUAUCUCGAGUUCCGUUUAAAAUAAUAAUUUCUGGAUCAAAAUAAUGUACACAUCUAACAAGUUUGACAAUUAUUCAAUUAUUUUAUAAGUUAAUGUGUUUAAUUGAAUUAAUUAACAGAUUUUCUGUUGUCGAGCCCCGAUGUGUAUGCAAAUGUAGAUCACUACGGACAGAUACACGGAAAUUGAAAUGAAAAAUUUACUUACUUUUUAUGACGCUUCGUAUGGAAUAAAAAGCUUGUUAAAUUUUAUUAAGCUCUUAACAUAUAAAAAUUAUUGACAAUCGUAUUUACUAUAAAUGCAUAAAAUCAGCAGUCUGACAAUUUGCAUGAAUAUUAAUAUGACAGUGAACGUUUUAAAUCUUAUACACACAAACGAAUAAAGUAUGUUCAUAUCAUUUUACGAUAUAUACAAAUUCAAAUUGCCGCUUAAGUUUACCAUAUUUAAUAGAGGUGUAUCGAUGGUUUUCCCUCUUCUUUCGUACAAACUUGAUCGUUUCCUUACCUCUCAAAUAUGGCAAUUUGUAGCGAUGUACAUGAUGUUCAAACAGUUGAAUUUACAAAUGCUGUGGGCUUAAAUUACCUUUUAAUUCAUGUUAAAAACUGCAUUUAAUUUAUCAAAUCCAAGACAUAAUAGGACAUAAUCUCCUUUUCUAUACAGCGAUAGAAUAUUUGAUUAUUCAAUUAACAAUCAAAUUUGUACAACGCUCUUUACUUUGCAAACAAUUCAUUUCGUAUUGUGCGCCAGGUAUGCGAAAAACGGUCGCUUAAACACCUGAUACAUUCGAGCAAGUUAGUUGGGCACGAACUAGUGUCGCUAGAGAGACGGUAGAUAGAUCGAUAAAAUAGAUAAAAAUAUAUCUACGCGUACAAGAGGUACGAAUGAAUAUAAUAUAAUGCGCGUUGGCGAUGAUCGACGCGGCAGCAUUAUAUAUAUAUUAAUCUUGCUGAAUAUUCCAAGAAAGUCUGUCCAUUUUUUCGAAUGUCUCGAAAGUAUUUUAAUCUCUACUUUAUUGUUGCGUGUCGUGCGGCGCAACGACAGAAGAACGAAUUGCGUUCAUCUCGGAUUUUAAACUCACGAUCACAAUUCGAGUAGACCGUGCGCGUACGCUGUUAUACAGAUAAAACGCGCACGUAAACUGACUAGUCGUUAAGUUCGGUGCUAAUCAAUAAAGGCGUAAAAGCAAACCUUUACGCCUUUUUAAUACGAAUAACGAUUGCAUCCAUUAUUUUCGGAACGAGAGAGAUGGCUUAACCCUUUGGAGGUGUCCGCGUUCGUCAAGUUGUGCGAAUGUUUCAUCAUCGAUGAAUUCAAAUUCGCUCCGAUACGACAUUUGUGCCCCGGAUGUUUCAAGAAAUACGAAACACAAAAGUUAAGGAGGACAUGGGAUAGCGCACACGUGCGCAACCUACCCUCCAAAGGGCUACUCGAAAGAGGGCAACUCUCUUCUGACAUUGCGCGACGGAUUUUACACGUAAUCAUGUACAGGUGCGUAAUUGCGGGCGAACCUCUGCGCGUAUACUAUAUUUCUAAUCCUACGUUUGCAUAAUGAGAUUUGCGUGCACGUUCCGACGUGAUCGUAUACGAGCAGAGGAUGUUAAUCGACUACCACGUCGGGAGAAAAACACGAGCCACUUUUCGUCUUCGUUCCUCUCUCGAUCGAGAUAAAGGAUACAAGUUCUUCCACAUUCUUGAAUACGCAUCAACACGUUUCUUUAAUAAAAUCGUUGCAAUUCAACCUGAAUGGGUGAUUAUAAUUUACCAGAUAAGAGCAAGUAAUAGUAUAAUUAAUUCGGGUUUUCAUUUAAAUUAAUGGAUCAUUUACGCAACCGUCAACGUGUAAAGAUUAAUAGGAAUCAUGCAGGCUUUCAAGAAAAAAAUGAAUCCUUGAUGCGUGACAACUAUAAAUUGAAGUGGUAUCACGGUUUUAAGACGUUUUAAAAUGGGAAAUAGCACGCAGGUCGUGCCGCGAGUUGAAAAGCAUCUUUUGUAAAGUUAAUGAGUCCCAGUAGGAGUAAGAAACGCGACGGAAGUGAUCAUCCGGAUGGCAAAUGUGACUGAUAGAUGUCGUGCGACGUGUUUCGCGAUGUCUUCUCGCGUGCUUUGUGCCAAUCGGCCGUUUCAAGCCACCCGAGAACCGUUGAAUCCUUUCACUUGCGCAACUAUCCCUUUCCAAAAGAGAAAAAUAAUAAUAAUAGGUCCAAAGAACGUAUACGAUCUGUUUGAAGUAUUAGUCAGCAGUAAUCAAAUUCAAGAAGGGGUAACGUUUAAUAUAUAUACACGAUGAUAACUGUUGCGUAAAUCUGUUUCAUGUGCUAGACCCGUGCUGUCCACGUUUCGCCGUCGAGUAAAUUAGACCUCCCCCACUUGAUGUUCGUACUCAAGGAAACUAAACGCUGAGCGUGACACCAUGCAUUAUUAUCUGCAUUGUAUCCGCGAAAUCUUAGUUCUCUGUCUCUUAUGUACUACCUCUAUCCUUUGUUAGCACCAGAGAGUGGGGAGACAACGCUAAGCUUGCGAGGGGGCCACAUCCGUGGAAAGCACGGGUACUAGACGAUCUCGCUGACCUCGUCUGCCUUUAACGUAACAGUUUACGAACCUUCCAUUAUCAAUCGUCUUCCUCGUCAUUAUCUUCUUUUGUACACGAUAUGCCGCUGAGUCGGUAUAGAUGUAUAGCGAUACAUAUAUAGGUAUAUGUGAUCCGUACGAGUAAUGAAUAAUGUAUAAAUAAUUUGUAGUUGAUUCCCUUUAGCAGCACGUAAGUGAUAAACUGAAGUGACCUUUUUCUUCUGGAAAUAGGGAAAUGGAAGGAUGAUGUCUGACUUCAAUUGAAAGGUUCAGCUAGACGGAAUAGGUGAAAGGAAAAAAAGGAACGAAGUUGAUCUCGAUUAUUCCGUUAUAAGGCGUUCACUUAGAUAACAGACUUCGCUCGUUUUACGAGGAUGGAAUUAUUGUUGAUACCGUAGGGGAACGGGAAGACGAAAGAGUGGUUCGCCCGGCGUAUUUCAAUCUUCCGUAUUGAAUCUUAAGUGUUACUAAUCGUAAGAUCGUAAGGCUGACCUCCUACGUCUAACGCGAGACGAUUCAAGUUGAGAGAGUAUUCGAGGAGAUAAAUUAUUUAUUUGUUUACGAUGAAACGAGGCCGUUUGCGAAUCGUAUUUCGGGCGGCUCGCGCCAACUCAGAAAGACUAUCAUUGUAUAUACAGUGACAGCGACCGCCCGGAUGUGCGACCCCGUCUAAAAGUGCACGAGUUCCACAAGCACGUAUGUACUAUACGAUCGAAAGAGAAAGAAAGGUGAGAGGAAAUAAUUACAACAAACCAUAGUACUUACGAUCAUGCUAAUCAUCAUCGAUUAGCAAACAUUACAACUAACGAAAUCGAACAUAUUGUGCAUUAUAUGUCGGGAAAGAAAUAAAAUCAAA